AUGUCCUCGACGCUGGCACUAGCGGCGGGGCGGGACCUGUCCACCAUCGGGCUGUCCGCCUGGCCCGGACGACCCCCGAGCCCUCGAGUGAUCCAGUUCUCUCUCCAUCGCGUGGAUGGAGGCCACACUCAUAGCCCACCGUCAGGCACAUGGCUGGCCACCGUCCAUGCUGCUAGCCUGCGACACGAGACCGUCCAAUUUAAGGUUGCUGUCCUCUUGCGGACACGGUGGACUCGAGCAGCCGUGUUGGCCACCCCUCUGGAGGCAGGUUUCCGGGGAGGCCAGCCAACGGCCAGCCCGCGGACAAGGUGUCGUCGGACCAACUCUCCACCCUCAUCUCGCAAAAUGGAGAAUUGGCCGCAGGCAGCAGAAGACGGCCUAGGGGGAGACCCGAAGCAGGUACGAGACCGACCCUCGUAA